AUGUUUUUCUCAUAAUUUUUGUGUUUUUGCUUGAACCGACAUCGAGAUAAAUAUAUUUUAAGUUCAAGGUCACAUUUAUACGAAACAUGUAGUGUAAUAAUAUUGUGAAUUAUUUCAUAUUUAGGAAGUUUAUUUACGUUUGUUACCUUUCUAAAAUAUUAGUUAUCACGUGAUCAUAUAUUGAAUUUUAAUUGGUCAUCGGUGAGCGUGCCCUGCGCGACGCGAGAGGCGCAAUAAUAGUUCUACAAAAUGCCGUCGGAAUCUAAGCCUUUGUUGACAGCUCAAACAGAAAAACCAAAUCAUUAUAAAUAUCUUAAGGAAUUUCGUGUCGAACAGUGUCCAUCAUUCCUACAACAUAAAUGUACACAACAUAGGCCUUUCACAUGUUUUCAUUGGCAUUUUAAUAAUCAGAGACGUAGAAGACCCGUAAGAAAACGGGAUGGAACGUUCAAUUAUAGCGCUGACAACUAUUGUACCAAAUAUAACGAGACUUCGGGCAUUUGUGAAGAUGGUGACGAUUGCCCUUACCUACAUAGAACGGCGGGCGAUACGGAGCGUCGAUAUCACCUCCGCUACUACAAGACAUGUAUGUGCGUGCACGACACAGACGCGAGAGGGCUAUGCACCAAGAACGGGGCGCACUGUGCCUUCGCCCACGGAGCGCCGGACCUUCGCCCCCCGGUGUUGGAUAUGAGAGAAUUACAAGCACUAGAGAACCCAGAUGGAACUGAUGGGGACGCAGCGGCUCCAAACGCAUUAGAUAGGGAACGGAAUUUGAUGAAUGAAGACCCUAAGUGGCAAGAUACGAAUUAUGUACUAUCAUCGUAUAAAACUGAGCCUUGUAAAAGACCGCCCAGGCUUUGCAGACAAGGUUAUGCCUGCCCACAGUAUCACAAUAGUAAAGAUAAACGCAGAUCACCAAGAAAGUACAAGUACCGGAGCACCCCGUGCCCCAACGUGAAGCACGGCGAGGAGUGGGGCGAGCCCAGCAACUGUGAGGCCGGGGACGCCUGCGGGUACUGCCACACUCGCACGGAGCAGCAGUUCCACCCGGAGAUAUACAAGUCGACCAAGUGCAACGAUGUGCAGCAGGCGGGCUACUGCCCCAGGGGACUGUUCUGCGCAUUCGCACAUGUUGAACCUGAAGAUCUAACAUCGACCCGGGAUUUGACUGCACCACUUGAAUGCGGGACCAAUUUGGCGGAUUUACUGUCCUCCGCUCUGCCGAACGACAAAAAGAACGACGUCGGAGUGCUAGGCGGAGCGCUAGGGCUCCAGCGUCCGUUAUCUCCCCCGCACGCAAACGGCAGCGGCGACGGCUCGGAGUGCGCCUCCACAUCCAGUGGGGGCUCCGCCCACCCUCGCACGUUGCAACAAACAUCAGCCCUACAGCCAUAUUCAGAACAUGAUAAGCCCCAACCAUCUUGGCCUCCUAGAUCUACAUUUGACGCGACAGUUCUUCAAGAAGUAGUUGGUAACGCCCUAGAUGACUUACAUCUUGACGAUCCGUUGAAUCUAGUGGCGUCUUUAGAUCGCGAUCUAUCAGAUGGUGAAGGUCUGCUUGGUGGAUCAGCACCAGUUAAUAUUCCAAGACCGACGCUGCGCGGUUUCAGUCCUCCCGGUGGUGGUUCCCCCCUCCCCCCGUUUCUACGUUACGCAACAAACGAUACGGAGCGAUUGUUCAACUCGCACGCGAUAAAGGCGGGUAGUUUUGGAGCUGCGGGUGCGGGUGCGUUUGAAUUCGCUGCGACAUCACCUUCAGCACCGGCGGAACUUUCUAGAUUGCGAGAAGAAGUUGUCGCCUCUAGAGCAGCGGCUGCGAGAUGGGAUGAACGCAUCGCUCAAGCGAGGUCUGCGUGUGAAGCUUGGCAAAGAGAGUCAGAUGAAGCUCAACGCAAAGCGGCGUUAGCAGAAAGACAACGCGAUGAAGCAUUAGCACAUGCUUUGAAUCUAAAACGUGAGCUCGAAGCCUCCCGUGCCGCCGGUCGUCGCGAAUUGCGUGGUUUGCCGCUCACAGCGCUUAAAGCGCUGCAGGUCCAAGUGCGUACAGACUUGGAGGAGAUCGAGAAAGCGCUGUAUUUGGAAACAGCGACUAAAUGUAUGGUCUGUGAGGAACAACCCCGCAGUGUGACGCUAGCGCCGUGUAACCACUACGUGCUAUGUGAUAAUUGCGCUGCGACUACUAAAGAGUGCCCGUACUGCCAGACCCCCGUACAGCACCACCAGUGAACCCACGCCAAGCCCGCACGUUGAUAAUACUCAAACCAUUCAGUUAUAUUUAUGUUAAAUCGUGCAAAUAUUACAAUUCGGUAAAAGUGAAACGCGCUCGUCGGUGUGAGAGUCGCUCUCUACUCAAAAUCGUCUCAAAAUAGACAACCGUACAUAUUUUUUUAUAUAUUUGAGUAGAUUACGUAUAUGGAUAAAGUUUAUUAUAUCGUAUUGAACAUUUGAUUUUAGCAUAUUUUAUGGUAGAAAGUUAAGAAAUGGAAUAUUAAUUAUUCAUAAAGUUGAGCAUUUUGUAGUUUUUCGAAUCGACUGCCACUGAAGAAUGACUAAGGAAUUAUGCAAUCAAAAUUUACUUAAAAGUGAGAACAGCAAUGAUAGAUGACUAAAUAAAAUGCGCUACGUUUUCUACUAUAUAUUAUAUUUAACUACUAUUGACUAUAACGAAUCUAUUAUACUUGGAAUUAUUGUGGCUUUAUACAAAUUAUGUGGUAGGUAUAGGCUUCGAAAUAUCCUUUUUAAAAUAUAUAGUAUGGUGAGCUAAUUUACACCAAAGCAAUUUGUUUCUAGAGUAAACAUGUUCAAAUACAGAUUAAAGUGCAGUUUUAUAUUUAUGAAUAUUUAAUACCUAUAUAGCGUUUACUACAUAUUUUCAUAAAACAAAGUUUAUCGUAGUGCAUGGUAAAUUGUAGCGUUUUUGAUGUUACACAAUGUAAUGCUUUCGGUGUCAUUUUAUUUAGACGAAUGGUUGUUCCGCCAUCGUGAAUUUUGCGCGUGUACGAGAUCUUUAUUACCUGUGGCAAUUCUUUCAUCAACCAUAGACUAUACAGAUGAUACAAUCACAGAUAAUUUUUUGAUAUUUUGAUAAUUAAUUGAAGUCAGUUGAUGGAAGGAGUGUUGCAAUAGUUGUAGUAAUCGUAUUAAUAUUUAAAUCUAUGAAACUAGUAGGCUUUAGUUUUAACCGUGAAUUUUUUUAGUUUUUUGCUCGUUCAUAAUGGAUAUAUUUAAAUGAGAAUACUGGAUAUCGGAACUUGUUGAUUGUUACUUUUUUUUACAUUUUUAUUGAGGUUUUUGUAUUGCUUACUUGUUUUUGAAGCACAAUAUAGUUCACCUCGAAUAAGUCUAUGGACCAAUGUCAUAGAGUUUUUUUAUCUAUGUUAACUUUGUAGUGUUGUCUGAAUAAAAUAUCGAUAAUAUUCAUGUGUGUGCACUUUAACGCGGGUUUCUCGCCUGCUCGUGUUUAAUUUGCAUACAAUUUAUUUAUUAACAAAGUAUUUAUUUAUCCAUGAAUCGCAUGCAAGGAAAACGGAUAAUUGGUGUAUUAACGCGUUUUUAAUCGCUGAAGUGUUUGUUGUUAUUAAUUUUAUGCAUUUUUUUGUGUACAUUCCCCCAUUUGUUUAUCAUUUUAUACAUGGAAAGGACUUUUCAAUAUUUCAAUUUUUUUUAACAAGAAUGAAAAGAAAAAGUUUUACACCUUAUUUUACAAAUAACUACUCCACUUUGCUCGUAAUCUUGGAGUUAUUAAUUUGUAAAAAAUAAAAAUUGUAAUAAAUAUGUUCGAAAUAAAUAAUUUAGGAAGAGCAAUCACUCUAAAAGUGUUUAUAAUAAAAAAAACUUUAAAUAUUGAAAAGUUAUUUUCAUGUUACUAACACUAAUUCGGUGUAGGGAUAAUAUGCGCAUUUAGAUGACUUCCUUUAUUUAAACCCUAACUAUAUAUUACUAUACAUGUGUCAAGUCUUAUAGCUUUCAUGGUAUUUGUGUUUAUCCACACAUGCAUUUGUAUUUUAUAACAAAACAAUUUAUUUCACUAUUUUACUCCUAUCAAAAUAAUAAAGAAUGUUAUCGAUUAAUAAGUUUUUCUAACUUUUAUAUAUUCGCAAUUUAACGUCUAAGUAGGUACCUAACUAUUUUAAUAUUGACAAUUAUUUAAUGUACUAAACAUGUACUCUGGUUAUAUGGAACUAUAUAAAGCAUUUUAUAUGAAUUUAUUUCAACUUUUCUACAUUAAAAAAUAAAUAUUUAUAUAUUUUGAACUUAUUGAAAAUAUCUAAAUGGAAAUAAAAAUAAAAAAAAUGUUUUUUGUAUCGGCAUAUUAUAGUAAUAGGAAUAACAAAUUUAACUUAGAAAUAAAGUAUUUAGUUGUAAGUAGUGUUUUCAAAUUGUAUUGGACAUUAUUAUAGUUAAGUGUAGCAUGUGCAUUGUAAUUGAGAAGCAAUAUGACCACAGCCGCCUUUGAUCAAUAUUCAGAUUUCUAUUUAUGUGAUAGAUUGAACUGCUAUUGUAGUAUUUCGUUAGUGAUGUAACUAAUGUUUGGCAUUUGUCGAUUGUUUGUACUCAAACAUUGACUAAUAAAAUAAUGGAAUGUUAAGAAAAUGAGAUGGAGAAUAUUUUAAAUAACGACGGAUAUUAGUUACAUAAUUAACGAGGCAAAAAAAAUAUUUAUCUCGUUUGGAAAAUAUAAUACAUUUAUCUUUAUAUAGCCGACUACGCGCAAUAUAGUCGGCACGGCACAUUUUGUACGGCAUUGUAGGUUAGAGUUUGAGUGUAAGUGUAUUUUGUGGAAGGAAUGAAUAAGGCAAAGUAUAAAAUCUUAAAUGGCUGGUAACACGUCUGUUUGACUAUCGAAAUUUUAAUUUCACAUAAACAUUUUUGUUCACAAAUCUGUGUUGAAGUUUCUUUUUUGUGACCAAAAUUUGAAGAAAAAAAUCGAAAAUAUAAUCUAUAAUCUAAAUUACGUUAAGUACGCGAUCUGAUUAUUAAGCAUUUUAUUGGAAUGCUGUUUUGACUAUUUAAAAAGUAUAAGAUUUAGAGUGGAAAAGCUUAAUUGUAAGUGGCCUAAGAUGUGUAUUGGUAAGAAUGAGAUAUUUGAAGGAAAAGCAAUGUAGUGGUGGCGUUUAGAGCAAAGUGGCACUUCUGAUUUGCGAAGAGUUAUUCCAAAAAAAUUAAGGAAAGUUCUACCGAGAGAUUUCUAUAUGAUACUUUUAUAGAACCUGCAUUACAUAUUAUAAUAUUUAAUGAAAUGAAACUCAUCAAAAUGAAUUAUGUGUUCGGAAGUCUGAAGUGCCAUAGUGUGAUGUGAUCCAACGCGAUUGGCAAAUAAAUCAGCCAAUCAGAACACUGCCUGCCCCUUCUUUAAACGUAGGAAGCGUAGAUGAUACUCUGUAACAAAAUGUCCUGUGUCUCGCCUAUCGUAGCUUGCUAGUGUUCGUAUUUCUGGUUUAAUAUUAGAUGUGUAUUAGAGUCAUAUUUAUUUUUAUACAGAAUAUCUAUCACAUGGAGAUUUAUAACGAUUUUAAUGCUUUCUGCUCGUGACUUUUUUAAAUUGAUGACGCAAAAAUACAGUGUGUAUUUCAUUUCAAGAUCUAUUGUGUAAACUUGUACAAGUACAGUGCCACAAACUUAUCUGACCCGGUGGCAAAAACUGGAACUACGUGCCUCAAUUUUGAAAUGUCACAUUUUCACAGACUUUUCAUACGGAAUAUUUUGUAUAAAUAAUAGGUAAGUUACUUAUGAAUGUUAAUUUACACGAUUGGCAAUGACAUUAUUUUUACCCUUGCAUCCGGGGAAAUACUAUUUAGCGGCACUAAAAUCGACAUCAGUGACACUGUCACCGGGUCAGUUAAGUUUGUGGCACUGUACAGUGUUAUUUGAAUUUUGGAUAACUUUUUCUGUCGAUAUUUCAUAACCUCAGCCGUGAUUAUAAAGUCGAAUUUUUCUGUUUUAAUACCGCAAUUUGCCCGCAUACAUAUCAAAUUGUUUUUCAAUUUAAUCGCCUCUAAUCUAUGCUGCGUUGCAAUUUGCAAAUGGGACUUUUUCCUUAUUUAAUCUGCUAUACUUAAGCAUCUGAUGUAUUUUAUUACCCAUUUUUUAUUCAUUUAUUUGCAGGCGUGAUGUGGUUUCCAUUGUUUUAUUAAAAACCGUUAAAAUCGCUACAAUUCAGUUUACAGUUUGCAUUUUAUGUUACUUUUUAAUUAGGACCAAUUUUUUGUUUAAAUCUUAUACCCUUUGUUGUGUACGCAUAAUAGUAAUAACUUCUUUUAUAUUUUAAUACUUUUUUUUCAAUUAUUUAAUCGUUAGGUAGGUAGGUCCAACAAAUUUUUUCAAAUUAUUAUUGUUAAUUAGAUAUGGUUAUAAUUAUUAUAGUAGAGAUCCAAUUUUGCUAGCGCUCGCUAUAAAAGAUCAAAUGAAUUAUGUUAUUAAUUUUUUAUAUUAUGUAUCACUAUGCAAUCAACCUUGUAAUCUGUCAUAGUAGGUAUUUUAACAAAAGUAAUUUUCAAAUCCAUGUGAUACAAACAUGUAACAGAGAUGAAGAUUAAUAUUGUAGAUAGGUAGGUUUAAUAAAUUUUAAAUUCCAUUCAAAUAUAA